AUGGACAAGGCUUUCAACAAACACCUGGCAGGAACUCCAUGGGAGGGAAUUCUUUUCUCUCAUCAUUCUGUUGAGAAGGUGAAUCAUGUUUUGGUUUCUAAGGAGGAACUUGAUGAUAUUAUGAAUGUUCACUUCUACAACGAGAAAGGCAGAGAUGAUGCGUUGGCUUGGAAAGCUUACAGAACAUCCAAACUAUACGCUCGUAGCAGCGUACUGCAACAGUGGUUUGCAGUCCUUGGCUGGUUGAGUCCAUACUAUAGCCAUAUCAGACAGGAUACAAUUGAUAACUUGGUUGAAAAAGUUGAGCAGAGUGUCAGGGAGAAGAAGGACAAUGCAAUAUUCAUCAGUGACAAGCAGAGCCUUCUGCAUGAAAAACGUCUUGGCUCUGAUGUUGCUGGUGUUCAUCAGGUGGAUUCCAAGUCGGAUAAUUACCAUGGUUACUUCGGAGGAGCAUCGACAUCAUAUAUUGAAAGCACCAGCUAUUCAAGUAGCAAUGACCUCCCUCUUAGGACGCAUUAUGCCAGUCCAUCACCAGAUACCCUGCUACGAACAAAGAAAAUGCGCAAUCAAGUUGAGAAUGAUGCUAUUCAAAACAUGAUGAAAGGUGUUGAUGAAAGCGGGAUUGUGAGCCAGCAUCAAAUGGAGUCAGACGAUGCUGUACGCGGAUGGUUUGGAGAACAGGAAUCAGAAGGAGGAAACAGGCAUAACAACUCUUUUGUCAUAUCGCAUCGAUGCCAAGACCCAAUCAAUGAGUUCUUGCCAGAUGACAAGAUGCUGGCAUGUACCUUUCCACGGCUGUUUCCCAUAGGGAAAGCUUAUGGAAGACGUGCUGGUAACCUCAAUGGCGAGGAGUUGAACCAUUUACUGAAACAAUUCAGUAUGAUUCAUGGUCAGGACAGACGAAUGUUGGGAUACCUAGCUGAUGUCAAAAGACAAUUUGCAGUCAUAAAAAGUGCAAGCCUCAAACUGAGCGGCAACAGCGAUGCAAUAUCAAGAGUGAAUGAAUUCAUGGAUAGGAACGACCAUCAAGAGAUCUUAAAAACGUUGCAAGAUGAUCCUGAUAGUCCGUCAGCGAAGAAAGUAUGGAAACGGCUGAAAUCGACAUUGACUUUAGUUGGAGGGGACAUUGCUUAUGGAGCUUUGGAAACAAGUAAAUGCAUCAGUCAGACACUUGAAACUGCAAAGCGAUAUGGUGCUGGAUGCACAUUCUUGACGCUAUCACUUGAUGACAUGUUUAAUACGCGGGGAAUUAGAGCUGCAAUUAAAACAAUGGACAAUACAAAAUUUCCUGCGGCUUUUUGUUCUGAAAGUGAGUAUGCCUCCCUUGAUGAUUUUGUCAAAGCCAUCAAAGAACAUGCAGUUGACAGAGGGCAAGGCAACAUCAACUUCAAUGAAGGCGAGGGGAUGCGAUUUGAGGGAGCAUACCUAUCAAAACUAGCAACCGAGAACCCCGCUGCAUAUGUCUGUGAAACAAAAGCAAUUCUUCAUCAUGUCCUUUCAAUUCUCGUUGGUUGUCCACCAGAAGGAUUUUUUGGCGCCUACGAUGGGCGGUCAACACGAAAGAGUCAUUAUUGGAAUACUAAAAAUUGCAAAGGUAUAUUUGGUCAUGGUCUUGGCCUAGCUGGAGUGGUGGAAGAUCACAUGAAGGGAACACUGCAUUUUCACAUCAUCUUCUAUGGAUCAAAUGUCAUAUGUGCUCCAAGAACUAUGUCAAGUGUCUGCAAUCUGCAAAAAGCCUUGGACUCUUUUUACAAGGCAAAGUUCAGUACCGGAACAAAUUUCCAGAAUGUCUUGACUAGAACGUUGAGAAAAUCUACUGCGUUGAGACAGUUGGCAGAACCAAUGAGUUCACCAGCUCUUUUGCAGCAAACCAACCCUAUUGCAACCAUGGAUGAUCUAUCAUCAAAUGGCUCAACCAUGCAAAAGAUGGAAAAUAUAUCUUGUGACAAGAGAGCAAAUAGUGAAUACCAUGUGCAUCACAGAACUUGUCAUAAAGGAUUUCAUGGUAGAGAAAGAUGCCGACUUGCCAAGAAAUCAGGUGUUUCCAAUGGAACUAAUUGUGUUUUGCUUAUACCGACAAAACAGAAUCAACCUGAAAACAGCAAUACACCGAGUUGUCAGACUAUCAAACGGUUGUGUAUUUACUUCAAAUUCCAUCCAUAA